AUUAAAUUGAGACAUGAAUUAAGAAUGCUAUUUAAAGUUCAGGAUUUAUUAGUAGUCUCACCUGCCAAAAUAAGUAGAUUUGGGAUAGUCUAUAUGACUGUUUCAGAUAUCAAUUGGUACAAUUAUGUAGAGAGUUGGAUCGAGUAGACAUUCUAUGAUUAAGAGAAGGGUUUAAUUAAAAGUUGUAAUCAAUUAAAGGAUAAGUCAAAGAAAUUACUCUAAACUCUAAACAGAACCAAAAUAUUUAGAUUUAAUAAGAAAUUUAUUUAAUUCUUAAUAUAAAUUUUUGUAAGAGAAAUUUGCUAAUCUUGAUGAACCAUAUAUUACAAUAGAGAUAUAGAGAGUGAAGAGUGUUUGCAAUAUAUUUACUUACUUUUUAAAGUCCAUUUUAGUUUAGAAAUCUACUGAUUUACCAAAAUAAAUUACAAGUGUAUUUGCAUAUAGUUGUGUUUUUGGAUUGUUUGCAUCAUAUAAAUAGAAAUAUAAUGUUAAGGUAAAUUGUUUUAUAUUAUUUCAACUAUCUUAAUUUUGCAGUGAAUUUAGCCCCUGUCUGUUUGAGUUUAUAAAUAGAUGGGAUUAGGUACCUGCAGAAAUUAAAUCCUAGAUGUAAUUAAAUGAAAUGUUACAGUUUUCACUUUGUUUAAAUUACUAUUAGGAACAUUCAAUUAAAUUAUAGAUAUCAUAAUAUAUAUUUUAUUAUUUCCUAUUAAUUAUUAUUUUAGAUUGCCACAUAUGUUAAAGACAAAUUUUAAUCAUUACUCUACCCGAAAGGUGAUACCAUCUUUUAUUUGUAUGUUAAUGGAAAUGAUUUUACUACAUUUUAAUCAUGAAUAUCUCAAUUAUAAGAAUUUUAAUUUGUAAAAGAUUAAUCUUUUUUUCAGUAUUGUUGUUUAAACAUUAGACACCUUGAAAUUUAAAUACAUAAUCUAAUUAUUAAUUAAAGAAUAAAAAAAUACUUUAAUUACUGGAUAGACAGGAGUUGGUAAGUCAAUGUUAGUAUAAUAAUUGUUAUAUGAAAUGAAAUUGAAUGAAAAGGUAUAACCAGUAUUAUUGAAUUUUCAGCAUAGAAAAAAUAAAGCAAACUCAAUCGGCUAUAAAAUCAAAAUUAAUUAAAAAGGGAAAAAUACUCUUUAGAGCAAGAGUAAAUGAAUUAAUAGCUAUUUUAUUGAUGAUAUCAAUAUGGCAGCUUUUGAAAAAUAUGGUGCUUAGCCUUAUUUUGAACUUUUGAUUGUACAAAAUUAUUUUUGAAAAAUAUUGAAGAUGUAACUUUAUUGAUAGCUGGUGGACCUCCUGGAGGUGAAAGAAAUCAAUUAUCUUCAAGAUUUGUUAAAUAAUUCAAUGUUUUAAUUA